ACAUUCUUGAUUGGUCGCCAACGCCAACAUCCGAAGCCGAACAUCGAUCGUCGCGCAAUUUGUGGAACGAGGUCGACAUACUUGUAAACAAACAUUGGACACAACACCGGUUCUGAUUGGUUGCCUUGCUUAGUCUGUCCUUAGUUGGAGUUUUGUUCAGACGUGUAAUUGUAAAUAAAAGUAAUUAAUUUCAGUAAAAAUAGAUGAAAUGGCGUGGACAAAUAACAAUGUAUUAGAAUUUUUGGAUCUAUAUCGUAAAGAGCCAGUUCUAUGGGAUCCUAAAAACCCCGCACAUAAAACAAGAAGUGAUAUUGCGGCGGCAUGGAAUAGAAUCCAAAAUUCUUUUUCGUUGAAUUGUUCAGUGGUAGAUCUUAAAAAGAAAAAAGAGUCUUUAAUGACGUCUUUUAGAAUGCAUAUGAAUAGAAAAAAGAAAAGGCGUGGUGACUAUCAACCUACAUGGUUUUUAUUUUCACAUAUGGAAAGUUUUCUUGGCGGGAAUUAUGAAUGUGAUAGUACAAACCAACUUCAACAAGAGAAUUUCAAUAAUCCUACAAAUGCUCCAUCGCAUCAACAAAUGGUAACAGAACUAAAUGUUGGUGCAAGAAGUAAUACAAAUGAAAGUAGUAAUAAUGUGUCAAGAUAUUCAAUGACACCACUUCCUCAAGCAAAUGUUGAUAAGAGACCUAAGAAAAUCAAUAAUUCAAACUAUGUUUUUGUUAAGAAAGAUUUAAAAGAAGAAGCGCAGGAUCUUAAAAAGGAUACAGAGGCAAGAGAUUUUGAUGAAUAUGAUUUGUAUGGCCAACUAUUGGCUAAGAAAUUAAGAAAAUUGGAGGAACAUCAGCGAGAUGUUGCCAUGCACGAAAUUGAUAAUAUUAUGUUUAGGGCUAAAAUGCAAGGUAGCACGAGCCAAACACAAAAUUAUACGUCUUCUCCUUCACCGGUACAUCGGAAGAUGAAAUCACCAAUUUUCAUAGUGACACAGCAUACUCAUGAAUACGAAGAUGAAAAUAUACCAUAUCAAGAUCACAUGCAGCCGCAAGCACCAUCAUAGUUUUCUUAUGAAUAUUUAUUACACCUUUUGAAGCUCUAAAAUAUUAGGUUUAGUCCUAAAAGAAAGUUUUUACACUACAUAAUGUAUGUAUAAAACCUAUGUAGGUGAUAUAGGUUGUAUAAACCGACACACCUAUCUGAGCUGGUGGGCAUUAGUCAAACUAAAUUGUGAAAGCUCACUAGCGACUCCUUGUCAACGUCAAAAAAUGUCACAAAAUCCAUUUAUAGUGCUGUA